CAUUAUGAAGGCUUGGCUAAUCGGGCUGCACAGAAUCUGCAUAUAAUCGAUCUCUUCAGCUGUUCAUUAGACCAAACAGGACUUCACGAAAUGCGGUACCUGGCUAAUUACACCGGUGGGCAUAUAGUUAUGGGUGACAGCUUUGCUUCAUCCCUCUUUCAGCAGACUUUUCGGCGUGUCUUUGCUUGUGACGCUAACGGUUUUUUAAAGUCUGCUUUUGCUGGCACUUUAGAGGUUAAGACAACACGUGAGCUGAAGGUCUCUGGUUGCAUUGGUCCUUGCUUUUCUGCCAACAUGAAAACAUCAAAUACUGGUGAUCUUGAGAUUGGCGUUGGCCGUACUUCCGUGUGGCGAAUCAACGGAAUGACGCCUAACACCACACUGGGUAUAUAUUUUGAGGUUGCAAAUUCAGGUACUAGUGGCAGCAGCAAUCAGUCUGGUUGCUCGGGUAUGCCUGCUGGCGGCCGCGGCUAUGUCCAAUUCAUCACUCAAUAUCAGCAUGGAAGUGGUCAACGCCGUAUUAGAGUGACUACAGCUUGCAGAAACUGGGUUGAUUCUUCGUCAAUGGGUGGCCAACUACCUCAUCUGAUAGCAAGCUUUGACCAGGAAGCAGCUACUGUGAUGAUGGCUAGAAUCGCAAUGUUUAAGGCAGAGACAUCCGAUUGUGUUGAUGUGCUCAGAAGUGCCUAUGCAUCCUUUAUAUAG